CGGAAGCGGCGGGCCCGGCGCGGCGCUGCCGGAGGCGCGGAGCGGCCCCGUCCGACCCCCCCCGACCCCCGGGACCCCUCCGGGACCCCCUCCCCGACCCCCCCCGGACCCCCGGGCCCCGCCCGCGGCCCCGCCCGCGGCCCCGCCCGCGGGACACGGCGCUAUGAUGCGGUUCAUGCUGCUGUUCAGCCGCCAAGGGAAACUGAGGCUGCAGAAGUGGUACCUGGCCACGGCCGACAAGGACAAGAAGAAAAUGGUCCGGGAGCUGAUGCAGGUGGUGCUGGCCAGGAAACCCAAAAUGUGCAGUUUCCUGGAGUGGAGGGACCUCAAGGUGGUCUACAAAAGGUACGCCAGCCUCUACUUCUGCUGCGCCAUCGAGGGCCAGGACAACGAGCUGAUCACGCUGGAGCUCAUCCACCGCUACGUGGAGCUGCUGGACAAGUACUUCGGCAGCGUGUGUGAGUUGGACAUCAUCUUCAACUUCGAGAAGGCCUACUUCAUCCUGGACGAGUUCGUGAUGGGUGGUGAGAUCCAGGACACCUCCAAGAAGAGCGUCCUCAAGGCCAUCGAGCAGGCGGACCUGCUGCAGGAGUUCUUGGAGGGUCAUGGUGACCCCAAAAUCCCGUAUGGACCAUCCAUGGUGACCCCAAAAUCCAUGAAAGUUCUUGGAGGGUCAUGUUUUAUUCCCGGGGGUCCCGAAUUUACUCCCGGAGGUUCCGAAUUUGCCCCCGGGGGUUCCGAAUUUGCCCCCAGAGAUUCCGAAUUUACCCCCGGGGGUCCCGAAUUUGCCCCCGGGGGUUCCGAAUUUGCCCCCAAAGGUUCCGAAUUUGCCCCCAGAGAUUCCGAAUUUGCCCCCAAAGGUUCCGAAUUUGCCCCCAAAGGUUCCGAAUUUGCCCCCAAAGGUUCCGAAUUUGCCCCCAAAGGUUCCGAAUUUGCCCCCAAAGGUUCCGAAUUUGCCCCCAAAGGUUCCGAAUUUGCCCCCAAAGGUUCCGAAUUUGCCCCCAAAGGUUCCGAAUUUGCCCCCAAAGGUUCCGAAUUUGCCCCCAAAGGUUCCGAAUUUACCCCCAAAGGUUCCAAUUUUACCCCCGGAGGUUCCAAAUUUACUCCCGGAGGUUCCGAAUUUGCCCCCGGGGGUCCCGAAUUUGCCCCCAGAGGUUCCGAAUUUACCCCCAAAGGUUCCGAAUUUGCCCCCAGAGGUUCCGAAUUUGCCCCCGGAGGUUCCAAAUUUGCCCCCGGAGGUUCCGAAUUUGCCCCUGGAGGUUCCGAAUUUGCCCCCGGAGGUUCCAAAUUUGCCCCCAGAGGUUCCGAAUUUGCCCCCAAAGGUUCCGAAUUUGCCCCCGGAGGUUCCGAAUUUGCCCCCAGAGAUUCCGAAUUUGCCCCCAAAGGUUCCGAAUUUGCCCCCGGGGGUCCCGAAUUUGCCCCCGGGGGGUUGAAUUUGCCCCGGGGGGGGCAGCAGAAGCCCCCUCCCCAAAGAACGGGAGUAACUCGUACUAAAAUAGUCGCUUUUAUUCGUUAG